AUGGGUGGUCAAAUAGGAGCGGGAGAGGCAGGAAAGACGACGAUUAUCAAGCAGAUGAAGUUGAUGCACGCGUCUGGGUUCUCAGACACAGAACGGCAGGUCUUCCGGACGUACGUCUUUUCAAAUAUGGUCGCAUCCAUGAAGUCCAUCCUCAUGGAGAUGCAAGAUCGCCACAUAGGAUUGACUAAUCUGAACAACGAGAAAUACCUGCCGGUGUUUGUACAGACACCGCGAUUGGGCCAUGGAACGGCUUUCCCUCCAAAAUACAGAGAGGCGAUUAAUUCACUAUGGACUGAUCCAUCUGUUCAGCAGGUCUUCCGCUUCUUCGAUGCGGUGGACCGGAUAUACGAGAUAAACUACAUACCAUCAGACGCCGAUAUCCUUCGUUGUCGAGUCAAGUCCACAGGGAUUACAGAAACAGCUUUCCAUAUGGGCAAGCUUACAUACAGGAUGUUCGAUGUGGGAGGCCAACGGUCAGAGCGCAAGAAAUGGAUCCACUGUUUCGAAGCGGUGACAGCCGUCCUAUUCCUGGUCGCCAUCAGUGGGUACGACCAAUGUCUAGUCGAGGACAAAGACUCUAAUCAAAUGGAGGAGGCGUUGAUGUUAUUUGACCAGGUAUGCAACUCGCACUGGUUCAUCGACACGUCGAUGAUCAUGUUCAUGAACAAAACCGACAUCUUUCGAGCAAAGAUCCAAUACUCGCCCAUCCGCGCCUACUUUCCCGACUACCCUGGCCCAGAAGGGGAUUACGAUGAGGCGAUAGGAUUCUUCCGGUCGCGGUUCAUGCGUCUGAACCGGAGUGAGCACAAGGAGGUCUAUAUCCACUACACCGAUGCCACCGACACCAACCUCCUCCGAAAUAUCAUGGAUUCCGUCAACAACAUCAUCCUCGCCCGCAACAAUGGCUCCGUCGUCCCCCUCUGA